AUGGAAAGUCAAAUCGCCCUCAGCGCGUACGUACUAGCUGUUGCAAGGUGGUACCACGAGUUCGCAUGCUCACCCGUCAACUACGACUACUUUCUCACACUCGAUACCGAGAUUCAGUACGUCUGGAGCAGGAAGAUCACGAGUGCAGGCGCGAUCUAUGUCGUCAUACGUUACUUCUCAUUGAUUUCCAACAUCCUCACCUUCCUCAACUUCUUCCCUUGGCCGGGCAAAUCAUCACCAGUGAGAGCAUUCCUGAGACCCGACAAAGUCUUGACGCAUCUGACGCCCUUGACAUGGCAGAUAUGUAACGCGCUCGUACUGGGGUUUUCUCUAUUGUGCACCGCUACGUUCUUGUCGGCCGCGGUGCUAGGGUCUGGGAACGCCGUCCCCUCGCUUUAUGGGGCAAUCAAGACUCGGGCCAACUACAACCCAGGACCCGACUACAUCAACGCCAUGUGCAACGCGGAUUUCUCACAAUUCGCGACCUUCCGCAAAGGAACCGCCCAACAAGGGUUGAGCAUUACUACGGCGUUCUUUCAGAAUGGUGUCGCAUACUUCGCUGCACUCCUCGUUGUCAACAUCAUGAACCUUGUAUUCAUCAACAACGUGCAGCCGAUGUUACCUUUCAUCCAGCUGCUGUUCAAUUUCAUCGGUGUGCUCACCGCUAUGACGGUGGUCUUGACCUGCCGCUUCAUCCUCGACUUAUUCGAAGCGAGCACGAGGGGACGCUUCGGCACUGUCCCUACAUUACACCUCUCGGCCGUGCGCUCGCUUGCGUUCCCACACGUUGGCGGUGUCGGCGCGACUGGCGUAUCUGGAGGAAUUUUUGGUGCGGAUCUCACCAUGGACACUGGCGCCCCCCGGCUGGAACACGGGCAGAUCGCGCGCAUCCACCGUCUCGUCCGUCCACCGGUGUCCCAGGAGACCCCGUUCACACCGUCUGCCCUCGGGACGGGGGCGCGUACGCUCCGGAGGACGCGGGUCUCCACCGCCCCGUGCAGGACCCCGCGGUGCACGGUUCGAAGUCGCCGGGGCCUCGCGACCGCCGGUGCUGACCUACCACCGUCCACGACGGAGAGCGUGGACGGCGUCGGGUACGUCCUCGAGACGGAUGUCACCGAGGCGGCCACGGAGUGGGAGACGUACUCAGGCUCGAAGAAUUGGGAGUGGUUCGCGCCUCUAUCACAGGAGGAGCUGGGGGUGGUUGAAGGCGCGACCGCUGGAGAGCGCGGGUGUGAGGUCUCUUGGGAUGUCGUGCGCUGA